AUGUCUGAUCCUUUUAAUCCCUACGCAGCAGAGCAUGCAGCCCCUGCCGGUCCAGGCGACGCUCGUCCAACGGCCUUCCAAAUCGUGAAAGACGAAGGCCGUGUCGGAAAGCUUUCAGACAAGGUCAUCUUCAUCACGGGUGCAUCUUCAGGCCUUGGAAUAGAGACCGCUCGGGCUCUUCAUGAGACGGGAGCGAAGCUGUACCUUGGUGUACGAGACCUGGAGAAGGGAAAGAAAGUCGUGGAUGAUAUCCUGAGCAAGAGCACGAUAAACGGAGACAUAGAGCUUCUCCAAAUUGGACUUGACUCGCUUGAGUCUGUGCGGAAGGCGGCGGAGGAGUUCAAGACGAGGAGCGGCAAGUUGAACAUCUUGAUCAACAACGCUGGCAUCAUGGCUCUGCCCCAUCGCACCCUCACCCAGGACGGCCACGAAGCCCAAUUCGCAACAAAUCACCUCGCCCACUUCCUCCUCUUCCAGCUUCUAAAGCCACUGCUCCUAUCCUCAGCCUCCCCAGCCUUCUCCUCCCGCGUCGUAGCCCUGUCUUCCCUCUCCCAUCGCGUCGGCACAAUUAACUUUGACGACCUCACCCUAAAGGACAACUACCACCCCUUCCUCGCCUACGGCCAGUCCAAACUCGCCAAUCUCUGGAUGGCAAACCACAUCACGCGACUUUACGCUCCACAGAACCUGUUUGCUAAUGCAGUGCACCCCGGUGUCAUCUUCACACCGCUGGUGAAGCACAUGGAUGCGGCCGAGUUGGAGGAGGUCAGACAGGAUGAGGAGAAGAUGAAGGGCAUCAAGAGCGUGGAGCAGGGUGCUGCGACGACUGUGUGGGCCGCGGUGGGCAAGUGCUGGGAGGGGAAGGGAGGAAAGUAUCUGGAGAAUGUGAGGGUGAGUCCUCCCGCGCCGGAAGACGCAGAUUUUAUUGUUGAAGGAUACUCAAAGUUGGCGUAUGAUGAGGCGGGGGAAAAGAAGCUUUGGGAGACUAGCAAUGCGCUGGUUGGAUUUGAAGACUAG